UGCAUGCAAUAAUUUCUCACCCUUCUAAUGGCAUCCUCGUAACUUCCUCCAUAACGCGGCACUGUUUUAUUUACCCUCUACCUCUAGCUCUAGAUGGAAAGAAAAGGCGGAGGACGCACGCCCCCAUCCAACCAGACAAGGGAGGGGUGAUAGGGAGGGAGAAACCUAGGUUGGCCGGAGAUGUGCCCGAUGAUGAACAACCCCGCCGCCGGAGCACCCACGCCGGAUUCCGGGGAGGAGGCCUAUGACUGGCGGCUUGAGGCGAUCAACGGUGGAUCGCUUAGCCACGUGGACCUCCACAGGGGAUCCAACGGUUGGGCUUCCCCACCCGGCGACCUCUUCGCCCUCCGCGACCGCCACUACUUCUCGCGUCGCCAGAAGAGCCCCUCCGGCGACUGGCUCCUCAAGCCCGCCGGCGUCGACUGGCUCCGCUCCGCCUCGCGCCUCGACAACGUCCUCAGCCGUCCGGACAACCGCGUGGCGGCCGCCCUCCGCCGGGCCCAGGCCCUCGGCCUCUCCUGCAAGGCCUUCCUCUUCGCCGUCAAUCUCCAGGUCCCCGGCCGCGAGUGCCAUUCCGCUGUCUUCUACUUCGCCGCCGAGGACCCCAUCCCCCCGGGCUCCCUCUUCUACCGAUUCGUCCACGGCGACGACGCCUUCCGCAACGCCCGCUUCAAGAUCGUCAACCGGAUCGUCAAGGGCCCGUGGAUCGUGAAGACCGCCGUUGGGAACUACGCCGCCUGCCUCCUCGGGAAGGCGCUCACCUGCAACUACCACCGCGGGGAGAACUACCUCGAGAUCGACGUCGACAUCGGGAGCUCGGCGAUCGCCAACGCGAUCCUCCGUCUGGCGCUGGGCUGCGUGACGGCGGUGACGAUCGACAUGGGGUUCCUGGUGGAGGCGCAGUCGGAGGAGGAACUGCCGGAGCGGCUUAUCGGAGCGGUGAGGGUGGCUCAGAUGGAGAUGGGGUCGGCCACCUACGUGGAGACCCUGGGGAAGGCGGUGGAGGUCGGGAAGCCCGGGUUCCGCGGCGUGGCCAAGGUCAAUCACCACAACCAGAGCCCGAGGGCGUCUAUGUCGUCCCGUUUGGGAGAGACCGAGGAGCGCGAGGAGGAAGGUUACGAAUUCCCCCCCUCUUCGUCGUUUGUUUUAUCGAAAAAAAUGUAAAUCGUUAGCGUAAAAGAUGGUCUGCGCUAAAAGGCCCCGCUUUUUAGGAUUUGUAGGUAUUAAUCUUUCGGUUCGGGGAGAGAGAUCGCUGGAGAAUGUUUUAUGCUUGUGGGAUGAUCGAUUUAUUAGUCUUAUUUUUGAUCUCCACUUAGCAUUUGCUGUUUGAUCAUCUCCUCCUCUCUCUCUCUCUGCCCCCUCAACAACGGUAAAGAAAAAUUCGAAUCAUUUCUCGAUUCUUAAUUAUGUUUGCAAAUAGUUCUCGCACAGAUUCUCUUCCAUAUUAUCAGAUAUUAGAUAUGAGUUGUUGUUGGUGUGGAAAUCUUCUAGGCGAUACUGGGUUGAUGAUGAUCUUCCGUUUGGUGAGCUUCCUUUGUCUCCUUAUGUAUGAUGAACACCUUUUUAGAUGUCAUCUACUGUUGACGGUUUCUUGGCUUCUGGGGCUUUCGGUCGGGGGACACGGAAAGGACAAUGGACGUCUACCUUGUUUAGCUGUUGUAAAAGAUCAGGGGCUGGAAUUCAUAUGCAAUUACUAUUUCUAUUAUUA